UCGAAAUGUUCCUCUUGAGCGUAUUUGCGUUCACAGCCAACUUCACGGCGCUCAGACUUGCGCUAACAGUGCGCUGUGUUUAUCAACACAAUAUCGAAUUGGCGCUAAAACCCGACUGCGAAACAGCUGCUUCAGUUAUUGUUUGGCAAUGAAUUAUUUUCCAAAUUAUUAUUCAAUUGAGGACAUAUUUGUGACCCAAGAGAAGGUGGAGUGCAAGGUCAAUACACGUCUGCAGCGCAUGGGUUUUCUGGAUGCCGGUUCAGAGACGGAACAUUUGGAGCCGGGCCGUAAUAUCAAUUUGCCGCUGUGGUAUAUCAAGGAGCUAAAAGUAAAUAAUGCCUACUUUACCAUAGCUGUGCCUGAGAUCUAUAAGAACGUCCACAAGGCCGUUUGUGAGGCGGAGACGACACACAUCGAGCUGGGGCGGCUGCAUCCAUACUUCUAUGAGUUUGGUCGCUAUCUAACGCCAUACGAUCGCAAUCAUGUGAUCGGACGCAUCAUAUUCGAGACGUUGCGGCAGCGUGUGCGCCAUCUACUAGACAUAUCCAAGAACGAUGUGGGCGCCAGCAAGCCGGAGCAUCGUCUGGACAGCAUUGAGAGUCGACUUCAUGAGGCUGGAGUGCGAACGAACACUUUGUACUUGAACUGGUUGCAAAUGAGCGGUAACAAUAUCCGCAUCUCGGAGCUGGUCGAAGAGCAUCAGAAGAAACGCAAACGCGCCGAGCGCAGUGAUGAUGAAGGAGGGGAUGAUGCUGGAGGUGAUUCACCGAGUCGAAAGAAACGCAGCACAAUGUGAACGAAGAAGGACAUAAAACAAAUAUAUAUAGUUUUUAUUUGAUGGCUCACACAUUUAUCAAUAUCUCAAUACUUAUGUAUUUAUGUAUAUAUAUAGUAUGUAUGUUUAAAAUCAAUUUGUCAUAAAAAGCAAAUACACCAUGUUCGUUGUGCCGUAGAUUUCCAAUAA